UGGCGUAUUUUAGUGUGUGAGGAUCCUUUCUGCUGCUGGGGCGUGUUUGCUUGGUGAGGAGGGAGGAGGAAAAGGAGGGUGGGGAUGCUGAAGAGGAACAACAGGUGAUCGGCAGCAGCUGGCGGCUUCAAGGUGAAUAUCUGAAGGAAACGAGCAGAAAACAGGAAGACUGGAAGAUCUGAUAAAAGCAGGCUCAGCCUCUCCUCUGACCAGCACCUGAAACAGAACCACACCCAGAACCACAACCCAAACCAGAGCCUGAACCAGAACCAGCUGUGGUAAAAUGGCGUCCAGCUGUGCUGACCCUCCCGUCCUGACGGAACAGGAGGAGCUACAGAGGAGAGCCAACCAGGUCACAGAUGAGUCCCUGGAAAGCACCAGACGGAUGGUUCAACUGGUGGAAGAGAGCAAAGACCUGGGGAUCAGAACUGUGGUGAUGCUGGAUGAACAAGGAGAGCAGCUGGAGCGGAUCGAGGAGGGCAUGGACUCCAUCAACAGGGACAUGAGGGAGGCGGAGAAGAACCUGACGGACAUGGCUCAGUGCUGCGGCCUCUGCAUAUGGCCGCUCAGGAAACUGAAAGCCUUCGAGGAGAGCAGGGCGUACAAGGCAGUUUGGGGCGGAGCCUCCAAUCAGGAUGGGGUAAUAGCCAAUCAGCCUCCAACGUCUCGGGUCGUCGACCAGCGAGAGCAGAUGAUGAUGAGUGGAGGACACAUCCGCAGGGUGAUGGACGACGCCAGAGAGGAUGAGAUGGAGGAAAACCUGGCUCACGUGGGGAGCAUCGUGGGAAAUCUGAAAAGCAUGGCUCUGGACAUCGGCAAUGAGCUGGAGUCACAGAAAGAUCAGAUCAUCCGCAUUACGGAGGCGGCCAACCUGAACGUCUCCCGCAUCGACGCCGCCAACCAGAAAGCUAACAACCUCAUGAGGCGAUAGAACAGACCAGCUGACCUGAUUAGAGUCCUGAGCAGACAGCAAAAGAG